AUGGCGGCCGGCCGGCCCACCGAGCUCGCGCCGCUCGCCGCUCCGCGCUUCCGACUCUAUUAUUUCUAUUUACGAAAUAAACACGAAAAUAAAAUCUCUAUUUUAACACGGAUUUCGGGCGCCGAAACGCUGCCCGGCUCCCGGCACCCGACGGAUGUGUCGGGUUACGCCGCGGCCGGGGCGUGCGUCCCUCUCGGCGACCGCCGCGCGCGCGCCCGCCAGAGCGAGACGGAUAGAGGUCGAGGCGCGCGGGACGGAGCCGUGCGAAUCUCCGUUCGGCGUUCGAACGGCGAGGUGUGUAUAGCGCGCGUGCGCACGGUUACUGUGGCGUACUGCGAGGUUAUAAUGGACGCGCCCGGCGGUGCGCGGGAGCCCCGCUUCGGGUCGCCGUACGGUAUGGGACUCCUUGGGGACGUCGGGGACAUGUACGGCGCGGGCAGGCCGGCCAGCGCCCUCGGCGGCGGGCCGCUGCGGCCUGGCAUGCAGCCCUGCCCGGUGCCGAGGGCCGGCGUGAAGCGCCCGUCGGAACAGUGCUACGACGAGAGGCCCUCGCAGAGCCUCGGCCUCGAGCACUGCCCCAUGCCCGACAUAGCGGACGACGGCUACGCAUCCCUGCAGCCCAAGAAGUCCCCGCCGUCCAACGGCAAGAAGACAAAAGGACGUGUUAAGAUCAAAAUGGAAUACAUAGACAACAAACUGCGGCGGUACACAACAUUCUCUAAGCGGAAGACUGGGAUCAUGAAGAAGGCGUACGAACUGUCCACACUAACCGGCACACAGGUGAUGCUACUGGUCGCGUCGGAGACCGGCCACGUGUACACCUUCGCCACUCGCAAACUACAACCCAUGAUCACUUCCGAUUCGGGCAAGCGGUUGAUCCAGACCUGCCUGAACUCCCCGGACCCGCCGACCACCAGCGAGCAGCGGAUGGCGGCCACCGGCUUCGAGGAGACCGAGCUCACAUACAACGUGGUGGACGAGGACAUGAAGGUGAGGCAACUGGCGUACGGCUCGCAGUACCCCAUCGAGCACCACCCCGGCCUCGCGCCCUCGCCGCUGCAGCAGUACCACCAGCACCCGCCCUGCCCGUCGCCGCUGCCGCUCGGCUCCUUGGGGCAGCCCUACUCCCACCCGCAUCUAUCUCACCCCCACAUGUCGCACCACCCGCAGCGG